AUGUGGAUUGCUCAUGCAAUCGCUGCAGGCAGCGGCCCUGACCAGAAUGUGAGGAUUGCGCCGGGUGGUUUUCACGACUUCCCAACUCCCAGUCAUUUGUCGGCCACACGCUUUUGGCCCAAGAUGGGCUGCGAUGAGUCUGGUCACAACUGUGCCAUCGGCAGCAGCGGAGGGCCAGGGCAAAGCUGUCAGUUCAACCCGGUCACCGGGCAGGAAGACUACAAGAACUGCGCUCCGCCAGUGGACACCAAGUUCGAAGCGAGCUUUGGUGAGAAUGGCGCACCCUGCAAUCCGAAGACUCCAGGAGGGGUAGAGAUGAAGGGCUGCGAUUAUGUGGACAUCAGCUUGGUGGAUGGCUGGACUUUGCCCGUGAAACUCGACAUUCAGGGUGACUGUAGAACUGCCACGGACCAGAAGGUCGAUGUCUUAGACUGUGAGGGGCUCUCGCUGAACUCUUGCCCUGCAGCUGAGCACCUCACAGCAGCAGGUUUCACUGCAGAUUUGCGGGCCAUCAAUCCAAAGACUCAUAAGGUUUCUGGAUGCUACAGUCCGUGCAGCAAGCUCUUGGACACCAAGUGGAGCAAUCAGGAACGCUCUAGUGGUCGGCGGCCAGAAGAGAGCGAGGUCUCUCCCUACUGCUGCCCCACUCCUCCACAGACGCCAGAGUCAUGUCGGGCAGGGCCGAUCACCAGGACCAGCUUCUUGAAGACCGUGCACGAGAAGUGUCCUGGGGUCUAUGGCUAUGCCUACGACGACGGCACCGGCUUGAUGCGGUGCUCAUCUGCGACGCACUACACGGUGACCUUCUACUGCCCUGCCGAUCUCCCAGCAUGA